GGAUACUAUAAUCUGGAUAUAACUUUGUGAUUGGUGCUGAAAAAAUGGAGUCCACUUGAGUUGCACAAGAUGUGUUUGAUGAAAUGCUUAAAAGAGAUGUGUCCUGAUGCCCAAAACUACCGACAUAGUUAUCACCUGAGAGACAACAAGUCAUCUCUGUUUUAUUUGGCUCUACAUACCAUGAAUCGUCAGAGGCGUAGGGUUUUCGAGGAAAGAAGGAUAGUUGCCGGUGGAGAAGAAAAGAAGAUGAGGAAGAUCUCGCGGAACGUAGGAUUGGGGUUUUCACAGGGGUAUAGGAACGAGAGGAGAAAGAUUAAGGUCACCGGAAUCUGUAACGGAAAAGAGACAAAGAGGGUGAGAGUCGCAUCCAUAAGACCGGAUGGAGUAGCUUCGACGGGAACAUCAGCGACCUCGUCGGACACUAGGCCUACCACUCGACGUGCUGAGCUCGGCUCAUCAACUUUGUGGAAAAUUGACGAUGAGAGAAAGUAUGGGGUUUAUGUAUUAUUUAGAGUUGAGAUCACUUGGCUUUGUGUUGGAAUUUCCAAGGUAAAAUUGUAA